AGGUUGGCAGCGAACCUCUAGUUCCAAUCGGCUUUGCCCCGGGGUCGCUCUUCCAGUCUGAGCUGUUGGUCAUCGUGCUGGGCAGCUCUUUCAAUCGUGCAACGAGACCUGACGGGCUGGAUUUGCAUCCCAUCGUCGGCGGCGUUUGGGUAUUUGGCCAAAUUUUCCUCUUCAGCAUGAUCGGGAGCAAAAUUGACGCCUCGGUCUUGCGGAACACGCUGCGCGUGGCGCCGGUUCUGCUCUUCGGCCUGUGCUGCCGCUUCCUCGGAGUGGUUCUGGCCGUGCACCUCGCGCACACGCGCAAGGACGACUCUGGGGAUUUGCAGCGCAAAGACGUCCGGAAAGAAAUUCUCUUUGUGUUUCUGAGUUCCUUGCCUCGGGCCUCCCUGCAGGGCGCCCUGGGCUUUGUGCCCAUCAAGGAGCGUUUCUUCGGCGGAGGCCCCGAGGCCAGAUCUGCAUGUCUCUUCAUCGCAGACAGUGCCCGGCUCUACAUCAUGAUCAUGUCCCUCGUCGGCUCCACGCUCUUGCAUCGCCUUGGCCCCGUGUUGCUUGCCGAGGACCCAGAGGACGACGAAGAGCGCGGGAGAAGAGUCCUGGUGACCUUUGAGGAUGAGCCCGUGCAGUUGAAGGAAAUGAAGGACGCAAGGAGAGCAGGGGGUAGUGAAUGCACCAAGAAGCUGCUUAGUGAAAGGAGCGCUUCCUUCCCAGUGAUCCAGUCCAGCACUGCGGGGUCUGCGCCGGGUGUGCUCCUGCCAGUGUCAGUGAACGAGGAGACGCAGCAAGAAGAGCGGAAGGAGGAGGAGAAGGUUGAGAAGGAAGGAGGCUUCAUCCGCAGACCCGAGAGGACAUGGGCCAGGGUCUGUCUUGGCAAUGUACCUCGCAAGAAGGCCUCGAUGAGGACUGCGAAGACAUCUUCCGGGUUUCUGCGCCACGCUACACUUGAGGAGUUGACCCUAGACACAGAUUUCCAGAGCGCGCUGCGGACGAUCCAAACCGUCUAUGGCAUCUCUGGCGGCUCAGGCCCCAGCUCUGACGAGCUUGUGAAAUACCUGGAUGACAAGUAUUCAGCGCCAGUGAGGGUGCAGAUGCCAGAGCUGGAUGACAUUGGACCGAUGACCAGCAAGUUCAGAUCAUUGCAUCAGUUUUAGGACGAGGGUGUGCCUCAAUUUGACCACUCCGGUUCCAUCCCUUUGGAAGAUGUUCGGAACUUGUUACCCCUUGCGCCAGCCAAUGUGUGCUGACCUUGGGUUUCACCCUGCAGAGGGCAGCAAGUGCUCCCGGAGUGCUCCGCUCAAGAAAGGAAGCAAGCUCAGAAGCUUAGCGCGAAAGGAGAAGGAGCAAGUGGGCA